AUGGAUCUUCUCCACAGCUGGGGGGUCGAGGUGGCGGUUCACCUGCAGACCAGACACAGCAGGUACAAGGGCUUGUUCAACUUUGCGUCCACGGUGGCGGACCUGCACACCACGUUCUUCUGCCUGUUCCCUGUCUGGUUCCACGUGCGCAGGGACACUGGGAUCAGGCUGAUCUGGGUGGCUGUUGUCGGGGACUGGCUCAACCUGGUGCUGAAGUGGGUUCUUUCUGGGGAGAGACCGUACUGGUGGGUUCAAGAGACCCAGUUUUACGGAGCGGGAAAGGCCCCAUUGCUGCAGCAGUUUCCCAUCACAUGUGAGACGGGACCAGGAAGUCCUUCAGGUCAUGCUAUGGGUGCAGCGGGCGUCUGGUAUGUGAUGGUGACGGCGCUUCUUUCCAUUGCAACAGAAAAGCAUUGCUCUCGUUUACUUUACAAAUUGUUGCAGGUGGGGCUGUGGACCCUAACGGUCCUGGUGGUGCUCGUAGUUUGCAUGUCCAGGAUCUUCAUGGCAGCUCACUUCCCACACCAGGUCGUUGCAGGAGUCAUCACAGGAACACUUGUAGCGCAGUUUGUUUCCAAGAAGAAAUGGAUCUACAGCGCCGGCAUGAACAAGUACCUCAUCAUCACCGCCUUCCUGACGUCCUUUGCUAUUGGCUUCUAUGUCCUGUUAAAAGCUCUGGGAGUGGACUUGCUCUGGACCCUUGAUAAAGCCCAGAAAUGGUGUGUCAAGCCAGAGUGGGUCCACCUGGACACUACACCAUUUGCGAGCCUCCUGCGGAACAUGGGCAGUCUGUUUGGCCUUGGACUGGGCCUGCACUCUCCUCUCCACAGUGGUACCAAGAAGAACAGGGGUGCCACUUUCAAGCUUGGGUGCAUUGUAAUCUCUUUGUUCCUGCUUCAUCUCUUGGAUGAUUGGACAUUUUCUUCUGAGAACCACAUGACUUUCUAUGUUUUGUCCUUUGGUAAGAGUGCUGUUGCACUUUUAAUCCCAACCACUCUGGUUCCUUGGGUUCUUUGCAGAAUUUUCAAGGGAACAGGAAAUGGAAAAAGUCUGUGACUUACCGUAGCUCCUUCUUGAUUGAAGUCAAAUACUAGUUUUAAUUACUUUUGGUAACAUGGAUUUCUUUUAGGCCCAAUUAUAUUAAACCAGGCAAACUAGCAUCAAUGAGAGUCCAAUAUUAAGGAUGAGUUGCUAAAACCACAAUGGUCAACAGACAAAACCAGCAAGUUAACCC